GAUUAACGGAUCUGUCGGCCAGUUGCCACGAAGAAAGUUUCGUUUUAUUAUUUUAUUUGUCGUCGAUCGAACGACUACUCUCGCGGAGCAUAGCACUGAAAGCCGUGUACAUUUGCGCGAAGGUGAACGCAAUGAAGAGGAACCAAACAUUUUUCCUGAUCGUCCUAGCGAUCAUCGUGGUUGCUGUCAAUGGACGAGUUUACUACUUGCCGACUCUGGAUGAGAAUCGAUAUUCAGGCUUAACUUAUCCCAUUCCAAACGAACAAUCUUCGCGAGAUUUGGAUCUGAACUUUUCUGCCGGGGACGCGGACGAGUUUGAUAACAAGAUACGUCCUGUUAAAAGGGUGUACACGGUCAUGGGGCCGGAAAAGCCGUUCAUCGAGGUGAACAAAGAGGAGUUACCAAUCACGCGCUACAAAUUAGUCGAAGCACCUGUUAAGGGAUUGGACAAUGUCAUCGUUGUACCGGAGUCGAGCCGCAAAUCGGUGAAAAUCGAUGGGAACAACAAGGGUGAAGUGAUCUUGGAGCUCCGUGUUAUCGCGAACCAUGACACCGUUUGAAUAAUUUUGUCAAAGGAAAAAAGAUCAAUGGAACAAAUAUAGCGAAAUAGUCUAAUUUUAAUGUUAAUAUUCAUAAAAUAUUGCAGCUGAAAUGUUCAAUUCAAAGUUAUUGAUAUCUCCUUUGAAACACCGCUACGUUUGUUCCACUCCUAAUCUCACGCUCGGCAAACACAAAAGAUAAUAGUAAAUCCAUAACAAAACACGCAAAUAGUUAUCUUACCAAGGCUUAAAUUGCCUCGUAAACUGGUAUCAAAUACCUAUUUGUAGAACAUUUAUUAUGUUGUACCAGAUUAGAUCGUGUAAUCAUUCCCAAACAGACCGUCGAACUUUUACAUUCGAGCCUUUGCAAAUGAGUCGACAGAUCAAUAUCUCUCGUCAGAUUUGCCUUCGUCCCUAAAACUCGCCUAUCUCUUGUCAUUCCACGCGUAUAUACAUAACUACUAUCCAGGAACUUGCUUCCCCUAAUUGUGCUCUGUCAAAGAGAGCGGUGCCGAUAGUAUAGAGGGGAAAGAGAGGAAACAGUAGUCUCGAUCAACGAAAGAGAUCGAAGUAUAUUAGUGAAAUAACGUGGAGAGAGCGAUAGAUAAAAGUGUGACCAUGCACGGCUGAAUAUGACGAUCAUUUCGUGUGUGCACUUGUUGAAGGGUCCUCCUGAUUAUAACGAGCUGGUGCAUUGAGAAGGUGAAAAAAGAACGCGGACUACGCUACCCUUCUGCUUUCUUUUCCACCCUUUCGGAGAGUUCGAGUGCAGAAAGCAUUCGAACCCUUCGUUUGCUGACUGCAGAUGCGUAACCUCGAGUCUGUGUACUCGAACCGACUCGUAAUCGCGCGGUGAACAAGGAAAAGAAAUUUUCUUCCAUCGUUUGAGUAACACUCCAAUCGAGCGUAUCAAAGUUUCGAAUUUUUAAUCACACGGAAGAGGAAUCGAUUUAUCGUAGAAUCUGUAUCCAAGGACUUGAACACUGCUCGAAUCACAUUGCUUUUUAUUACGUUUAUUAUACACGUCGAAUGUAUUUUCUAUUAGUACAUAUAGAUACAAUAGAACGCUACUAUAAUAUGUACAGAGUAUAUCACAUACAGUCGAAUUCAGAACGGAUGUCCGAAAAAGAUCUCUAAGAUCCUCCUGGUCUCCGCGCUAAAAAGUGACUCUCGAGUGCAAGAUAGGACGAGUCUUCGAAUUAAAAACCGAACAGUGCGAUAUCAAAAUUGUCGUUAGUUUCAUGCUAUAAAAAAGCAGAUAGAAUUAUUAAUUAAUAGCAGAAUAUCAUUGAAUCUGUUCGAUUAAAGUCGCUUACGUUUAUGCGAACAGAUGUUUGACGCAUCGAACGAAGUAGAAGACCGAAGAAAGAAAUAAGAAUAAAGUAGACGAUUGUUUCCGAAGGAUUCGAAUAAGUUGAGAGCUUUCUAUAUUACCGUGAACGACGUAGUGAAACGAAGAAUCAGGAUGCGAUCGUAAGUGUCGGAGCUACAUCUAUUUAUACAGUCGAGAAGAAAAGAGAAUCGUACGAUUUCCACGAGUUAUUCGGUUACUUGCGAAGUCUGCUCGUUCGAUGGAUCUCCCUUCGGCUCUUUCACGUAAUCCACCACCAAUUCCAACCCGAUCAGCGCUCGAAGAUCCUUCCUCUCCUCCUCCGUGUUCGUCGACGCGGAGGACGCGUCUUCCGGCUUUGGCGACCUCUCGUCUACGUUUUGCAACAAAAUUUUAACCUGAUCAAUGCUCUGAUCCAUCAGAUAUCGUAAACUAACGAGAUUUAACUAAUCGUUCGUCAUAGGAGAACACAAAUUAAUGAAAACUAAGAAUGACAACACUGAGCAUGCAAGGAUAACCGAAAACAUUAACACCCACUGUUAUCAACAUCCUUGGAACUGUCUUCACUCUCUCCGGAGAUGGACGUCUCGCUCCUGGACGCUUUCCGUGCCUGGCCGAUGUCCCUGUACGUCCUGGUCAGUUGCCUCAGGAUGUAAUUGGUACCACGAGGAUUAUCCUCGCUACUCCUCGACGUACUCGCUUCGUCUCUGGUCAAAUUCAACGGCCUAUUGCUGUUGUACUCCUUUGAUUGAGGCACGCUGAAUGCCGAACAGUGUUUCCCUUUGAAGGGUAGUUGCCUCUCGCUCAGCUUGCGAUCCCAGAUGUGUCCGGACACGCGAAGGUCGAUGAAGAAGUGCAACGGAUCGAUGCCUGGAUAGGAUUGAGGUAUCGGAUAAGGCGGGUACCAGAGUGGACUGGGGAGAAACUCUGGAUUCGUCACGUUGCCGGGCAAACCGAAUCCCUUCACCGCCGGAAGCAUGUCGCAUCCCCUUCCGGGUAGGCCGGGUAGAAAGUUCCUCGAGAAAUCGAGCUUCUUUUGAUCCGUCAACAGAGGCAGUUCCUGAUUGCCGACCGUGCUCUUGGUACGCUCGUCGUACGUACUUCUGUCGUUAUAAUUGCAAUUUUUACGAUCGCUCGAGUGCGAUUCCUCGGGUUUCACCUUCUGCAAUUCACCGGUGAACAUGUUUUCCGGUGGUUGUGCUUGCUCGAAGUGACGGGGUCGCUCGUCGAAGAAAUUCUUGCUCUGUUUACAGAAAUCUGACUUGGUCUCGUCCGUGGUCUUCAAGAUGUCCCCGCCGAAACUCGGUUUCUGCUCGAAGUUACCCACUUUACUCUCGGCGUCAUAGCCGUCGCUCUGCUUACUUCUGCUCUCCAACCGCGCUUCCGGUUGUUGCUGUUGCUGCUGUUGAGAGUGGAAGUAUUUCUCUUGCGGCGGCUGUUGAGGAUGAUGAUGAUGGUGAUGAUGAUGGUGCUGUCUCUCUUUGGUGGUUAACUCCAGUGGACGAUCCCGAGCGUCCCGCCAGGAUCUCUUGCGACGUCGAGGCGCGUUUGUGACGUUGCUCGUCGAGGAUGCCUCGGUUUUUGCUUGCACGAACGAACGAAGCAUUUCGCUGAAGAAGAAGCUGUGCGGCGUUAGGGGAACGUUGUACAGGUAUGGAGGAGUAGCCGCCAGUAGACGGGACACCAAAUCGCCGCCGGAAAGCGAGGCUGGACUCUUCAGGGUCGACGGAUCUCCCGUGGUCGUGGUCAUGGUGCAGGUUUCUCAGGAUGAUCACUGAAGUAAAGACUCAAACUGUGUUACACAAUAGACGUCGUGCUGGCAGUGAUAAUCGUAGGUACAAAAGAUGUAGGUAUGUACAAAUCGUCGGAGUGGAAGCGAGCUACUAUUGUCUCCCGAAAUUAAUUGAAUAUCCGGCGUUGUUAAGUCUAAGACCAAGCAGACACCGUCUACGACGGGGAGAGAGAAGGCGGUAGCGAACGGGCUUGCAUCGCAUCAUCCAUUAAGGAUUACUAAUUUCUGUCAAGUGCACGUUCGGUUUCUCUCGAAUGUCUUAGGACGGAAUUUCCGAGGAAUCCCUGAGAAAUCGUUAAUGAGAAUCUACGAUCGUAGGUAUUUCAAUUAAACUUGGUGCACGUCUUGUAUGAACAAUCGCUACGAGAACAAUUAGUAAUUAGUAAGGGAGCGUUCCCGAGAUCCGCUGGUUCCCCGUGAUUGAUAUAGUUAUAAUUUCUUCAAUGAAUUCGAAUCCCACUGAAAUGCAAUUAUGCUCUGCUCUUCAAAGUUACAGAACUGCAACGACGAGUACCGAUGGGUUGUUCUUACGAAAAAUCAUGAUGAAUGUAAAAAAUCAUUUUUCAUUAACGUCGAUAGAGGAAGAGGAAUCCGAAGAAAGAUACAAGAACCGUUUUCCACCCUUUAUGCAGGCAAAGGGUAAAAUACAAGCGAGCAAUUUCUCUGGGAAAAAAAGGGAGAACCGCGACACAGAGAGGUUCUAUUGUCUUCAUUCUAGUAUUCUCGAGUCGCCAACAUUCUGACAGAGAUGUUUUCUUUACCGCGAAAGAAUCAGGGAGCCUUGCAUCGCGAUGCAACUCGGAUGCAACUGAAGGAGAGACGCGUUAAUACGCGCGACGGAAUCUCGAAAGAAGAGUUCUUUUUUUUCCUCUCUCUUCUCGCGAAUUCGAAGUCUUCGGAGUUCUGGAAAGAUUCUAGAACGAUAGAAGAGUGUAACAGGCCGUGGAAAUCAGAAUGGUGGUCUGUAUCCGUGUCCGCGUACCGAGGAGGGAUUGGGUAUUGUUUCGGUCCAUUGUUUCCCAAACAAACGGCGUCCACGUUGUUUCGUCAGGAGAUAUUAUGUUCAGCCAGACAGGCAGGACGAACAGGAAAUGGACUGCUGUCAGUUUUACUCUUCGUGAUAAAUACGAGCCAGUCGUUGGUGGCUGGUCGCGACGCGGCCAUAAUUCGCGGCCUGCCAUCUCCAUAGUUCGAAACGUGAAAAAUCCUUCGAAUUUCUUCGAAACCACAGCUGCUUUUAUAAAUUCCCGCUUGUAUUAAUAAAUAUCGUUUGCUUGUUAAAGGGAUACUUUACGCGCCGCCAGGAAAUGACGAUCCUUUAGAAAGGAUGCUCGCAAGGUAACGAAUUUUCUGACAUUCUCCAGACAAAGGACGAGGAAGAUUGUAGACGAGACAUUUUCAAUAGCUUACCGAGGAAGUUUCCAGCAAAUUUAAAUGAAGAAAAAUAGCAGACGCGUGAAAAUUGAUAGAGAGUGAUUCUCGCUGCAGGGAAGUUUCCUUUUAGCUUAUUUUCAAAUUGAAAAGCUACAACGAGGUAAUAAAUCCUUAGAACAUUAAACCAA